AUGGCGGCGGAAAUCCAGCCUCGUCCAAAGGCUAGGAAGCCGUGCUUGCUGAGUAAAAUCGAGGCUUUCCAGGAGGUUGUUACCGCGGCGGCGAUCAUCCCCAAAGAAGACGGUGUGAUCAGCGUAUCUGAGGACAGAACAAUUCGGGUUUGGUUGAAGAGAGACAGCGGUCAGUACUGGCCAAGUGUUUACCACACCAUGCAAUCCUCAUGUUCCUGUAUGUCCUUUAACCCAGAGACCAGGAGGUUGUCUGUAGGGAUGGAUACAGGAAGUAUCUGUGAGUUUAUUCUAUCAGAGGACUACAACAAGAUGAGCCCAGCGCUCACAUAUCAAGCUCACCAGGGCAGAGUGGUGGUGGUGCUGUUUGUGUUGGAGAUGGAGUGGCUGUUGAGCACCGGCCAGGACAGGAACUUCACCUGGCACUGCUCGGAGAGCGGCCAGCAGCUGGGGACGUAUCGCACUGCGGCCUGGGUCUCAGGACUACAGUUUGACGUAGAGACCAGGCAUGCCUUUGUAGGGGACCAGUCUGGUCAGGUGACUAUCCUGAAGCUGGAGCAGGACAGCUGCAGCCUGGUUACCACCUUUAAAGGACACACAGGUAAUGUGACGGCGCUGUGCUGGGACCCGGUUCAGCGGGUGCUGUUUUCCGGCAGCUCGGACCACUCCAUCAUCAUGUGGGACAUCGGAGGGAGGAAAGGCACCGCCAUCGAACUGCAGGGACACAAUGACAAAGUCCAGGGCCUGUGCUAUGCCUCACACACCCGCCAGCUCAUCUCCUGCAGCUCAGACGGCAGCAUCGUCAUUUGGAACAUGGACGUGACUCGACAAGAGACUCCAGAAUGGCUGGACAGCGACUCCUGUCAGAAGUGUGAGCAGCCUUUCUUCUGGAACUUCAAGCAGAUGUGGGACAGUAAGAAGAUCGGCCUCCGACAGCAUCACUGCAGGAAGUGCGGCCAGGCGGUGUGCGGCAAAUGUUCGUCCAAGCGCUCCACCAUCCCCCUCAUGGGCUUCGAGUUUGAGGUCCGGGUGUGUGACAGCUGCUAUGAGUCCAUCACAGACGAGGACCGAGCGCCCACAGCCACCUUCCACGACAGCAAGCACAACAUUGUUUACAUGCAAUAUGAGCCCACCACAGGAAACCUGCUCACCUCUGGCACCGACAAGGUCAUCAAGAUAUGGGACAUGACUCCUGUGGUGUCCUGAGUUUCCGUGGACAAGCAGCAUUUCUGCAAACUGUGACGGUGUCACAACAGCGGUGGCGUUUUGAUGAAGGAGAGGGAACAGCGUCCAUUUCACCUGGAUCAUAUUUAACACUGGUUUAUAUUUUGCAUUCACGGUUUUGACACUGCAAGUCCAUGAAGCUUGGGACCAGUACAGGCUGAACACACGGUUACAGACUGGAUGGUGGAUUUUGUCAUCUAGAGUACCCAUACUCUGUACUCUGGGAUACUUCUGGGACUUUUGACUGUAAAAAAUGUGAUAUAUUCUGUAAUUCCCUGCUAUUGAAGACUGGAGCGACUAAACUUCAGAUUUGUUUUGUGCAUAAGAACCUCAUUGGACUCUUAACCCACUAACAUGAUAUGAGGGACCUGCCUAUUUUUCACACCAAGUUUUUAUUUUAUUUUAUUAUUGACAAAAUAAGAAUACUGUCAGCAGGAGUUCAAGCCUGGGAAAUGUCGCCCCCUAGUGGCAAAAUAUGGUUUUAUUUCUGUUACAUCAUUUAUUUAGGAAAAAUAUCCAAAUGUAAAAAAAAAAAAAGCAAAACAUAACUAAAGCAUGAGGUUUAGUUAAUAUUGCAUUAUUAUUGAGUGUAUUCAUGGAGGACAGAACCAGGUGCCUGAUCAUUCAUAAUCAAAGUCUUCUCUAAGUGGAGCCUCCUACUGUUUACAGCCAUUUUUAUUACUUUUACUCUUGUAAAUGUUAAACAUUUCUUUUUAUUAUUUUUAGUAUUAUAUCACAGACUUUUGGUUUCCCAAACAUAAACGAUGAAACUUAACCAAAGCAGAGGUCAGACUAGCUCCUAUAAUCUGCUGACGUGUUUUUCUUUAAGUUAAACAAACUGGAUUAUGAAUAAUUUCUCUUACUACUUAACACUGAGUUUGUGGCAAUAAUUCUGCCUUUUAGUUCCCCUAGUUGGGUUUAAUAAUCCAGUUGAAGUUUAGUAUUUGUGAUUAAAUUCAGUCCAGAUUUAUAAAAAGCAACAAAUAGAAAAAGUCUGUUAAUUUUGAGAAUGAGAUUCUGCAUCCUAUUGCAGGAGUUAAUCCCGAACAGCACUGUGCUUACCACAGCGGAUGCCUACUCCCCUGAUAUAUGGACUUUUUUUUUUUUUCUUUUUCCAGACUCUUCUGCUGCCCUCACAUCAUGCCACCCUGGGUAGCGAGCCAUUUUGCCCAUACCCAGCACCAAUUAUGGGUCCCUCACUACUCAAAGUCAAUUAAUUUAUCAGCCUCAUUAUUAAUCAAGCAGGCAGCAUUUUUAUUUUGGUUUUGAUCUUUUUUUUUCUCCCCAAGUGGAAGCUAAAUCAUAUUUUGGAUAAUUAGCCAGAUGCAUUCUGCAUUCAUUUUUAUGAGACUGGUUCAUCCUGAACACAGUAUUUAAAUUCUGUUUUAACACGAUUUAAUCUCAAACAAAAAUUCCACUCUCAGAUUCAACUUCUUUCUGAUUUUGAAAUUUAGUGUUAAAGUGCAGCUAAUCAAGACCUUUUUUGUUUGUACUGCAUUAGUGUAGCAUCACCUUUUUCGGACGUUUUUUUAAAUAAAUGGAUAGGUUUAGAGAAUCUGUUCAGUUCCUCAUAUGAAGCCAGUUUAAAUGGUUAUUUAGUGACAUCACAGGUCGCUCAUCAGGCUCACAAUGUGUCAUGCUGUGUAAUAAGUGAUUAAAACCAUGCAGGCUGCUAACUGAGUAUCAGAUUAAUAACUUUCUGUUUUUCCAGCAGUUUCAUGUGAUUAUUUAUUGUUUAUUUCAUAUGUGGAACACUUACAGAAGUACAUAACACAGCUAAAUAAUGUGGCAUUUCAGAAGCACCAGAGCAGAAAUCUUUGCUAAAGCUAACGUGUUUUUAUUUUUUACUUUUUGUGAGUUAGACUUAAUCUUAAUGCACUGGAAUCAAGGAGCAAAAGAAAACAUUUUUCCACCUAUAUUGUAUUAAAUGUGCUUCAAUGCUGUAUGUGUAAUUCUCAGCUGAAAUACUUUCCAAAGAUUAUUGAUAAUAAUGCUGUAAAGAAAGGGUAUAAGGUGUGUUAACCAUGAUAAUAAAGAGCAGUC